GUUUUUCUCCAAACUUCUCUGUUCGUUUCGUUGCUUGCUCUGCUCAGUCGUCUACAGUGUGACAGUGUUUAUUGGGUUUUUACUUACUAUAAAUAAUUCCUCGUAUAUUCAUUAAUUAAUUAUUUGUUAAUUUUCUUAUAUAUUUCUUUAGAAAAUUCAAUAAAAAAUACUGAUGGUUCUUUAAUUUAAUUUGCAAUUUUUUAACAAAUAAGAAAGUUUGUUCCGAGUUAUUUUUUUUUAGAAGAGAAAUAACGAAGAAAACUCGUUUGGUGCUACGCGCGGUUCUUCAUUAUUACCACUCGCACAAAAAAUUCUCUCAAAAAUUUUUCUGAAAUCUCAACUCAAUGCAAUUUAUGGAAGAAUCCUGUUACUUCUAAUGUUUAAAAGUAAUACCAAUCGAAGAGUUAUCUGAUUUUCCAAUUGGAAUCUUUCUGUUUUUUUUUUUGUAUUUGUGUUGUUUUGUGAUGUGUGAAACUUGAAAACAUAUAAAACCAACCAACAUCAUCAUCAUCAUCACAACUGAGAGACGAUAUAAUUUGUGCUUUACAAAUCCAAAACACUUUGCGGAAACACCAACAUUUUUUUUCUCCCUGGAAUAGAGAUGCGACUUGAUUCUAACUCAAAUGAAGAUUUUAAAUCCCUAGGUGCUAAAAAUAACAAAAUAAAAAUAGAAACUCUAUCAAAGUGGGGUGGAUUGGAGAAAGAAAAGAACCCAACAAGAUUACCCGUAACCAAUUACUCAAGUGUUGUACUACCACGUCAUAGCACCAGUCCAUUUCCUGUAUCCGACAGUAUUAAUAGUCGUUUUAUAAUUUGGGAUGGUGAUAUAACACUUUUGGAAGUCGAUGCUAUCACAAAUACUACAGAUGAAACUUUGACCGAAAGCAAUAUCAUAUCAGAUCGAGUAUUAGCUGCGGCAGGUAACCAGCUCAAGGACGAAAUCCAAAAUCAUAUUAAAGAGUGCCGCACUGGGGAAGUUCAGGUAACAAAGGGUUACAACUUGCCAGCGCUUUAUAUCAUUCAUACUGUCGGGCCCAUUUAUAAAAACAAAUUUAAAACUGCUGCAGAAAACACAUUGCAUUAUUGUUAUAGAAACGUUCUAUACAAAGCAAAAGAACUGAAUCUUAAAACAAUCGCUUUAUGUAAUAUUAGUACAAUUCAAAGGAACUUUCCAGCGGAUUUAGAAGCUCACAUAGCAUUACGUUAG